UCGUCUACUACCACCAUCCCGCCCCCGAUAUCGGUGUCGAUGCCCCAAUUACCUUGGACACCCGAUUCCCCGAUGCAGAUUGGCUUCGUGGGUGCAGGCCGCAUGGCUGAAGCCAUCGCGAUGGGCAUCAUCGUGUCAGGAAAAGUGGAAGCUCACAAUGUAAUGGCGAGUGCUCCAUCAGACAAGAACCUGUGGCAUUUUCAGAAUUUGGGCUGUAAGACAACUCAUUCAAACACCGAAGUACUUCAAAACUGCUCCAUAGUUUUUGCCACCAGGCCCCACAUCCUGCCUAUUGUAUUGGCUGAGGUUUCUCCUGCUGUCACCAGAAAGUAUGUCCUUGUCUCAGUCGCUGCUGGUGUCUCUCUGCACACCCUGGAGAAGCUGCUACCCCCUAAGUCAAGGGUGCUCCGGAUCAUGCCUAAUCUACCUUGCAGAGUCCAGGAAGGUGCAGUGGUAAUGGCUCAAGGACGCCAUGCUGAGAAGUGUGAAACAGAAUACCGACAAAAGCUCUUAUCUGUCUGUGGUCUCUGUGAGGAGGUACCAGAGGCCUACAUCAACAUCCACACAGGCCUCAGUGGCAGUGGUGUAGCCUAUGUCUGCAUGUUCUCUGAGGCUCUGGCAGAAGGUGCCAUCAAAUUGGGAAUGCCAAGUGGCCUGGCUCACCAAAUUGCUGCCCAAACACUUCUAGGUGCAGCCAAAUUGCUUUUACAAAGUGGACAGCAUCCUGCCCAGCUUCGAUCCGAAGUGUGUACCCCUGGGGGUACCACUAUCUAUGGGCUCCAUGCCUUGGAGCAGGGUGGAUUACGGGCUGCUGCAAUGAACGCGGUGGAAACUGCCACCCGCAGGGCACAGGAGCUGAACAAGCAGUAGGGAUCUUGGGCACCAGCCAUCUCCUUCCCCAGCCUUGCUCUUGCUCCUUCUCCCCCAGAGGUUGCAAGAGCUAACAGUGUGGGUGAAGGGAGAGACCUCUCAGCUGUGGGCAGAAAUCCCCUGCACAAACCAGCUGGCAUCUUUCUUCCCUGGGCACAGGACCCUUUCCUUGAAUGUGUACCUCAAUCACUCCCUGCCUCCCCACACAA